AUGGGUUCAUCACCAACUAACGCGAAUAACAACAAUACAACAACUGGUCUACCGACAAAAUUAGCGAGACGUAAAUCAUAUAAUGUAUCGGAAGAAGACGAUGAUUAUAACGAUGAUGAUGGUAACAAUAAAAGAAUGGGGAUAAGAAGGCGACCGUCAUAUAGAAGACGUAAAAGUACUAAUAGCGAAAGGAAUGAGAAUGAAGAUAACGAUGAUGCUGAUGACGAACCUUUAGACGGAAGUGAUCAUGAAUUCACUCUUAAGGAACGACAAGAUGCUAUAAAUACAAUACAUCCAUUUGGAUUACGGCUGUGGAAACCAGCAUUGUAUAAAAAAUCGCGAUCAGUUACAAGGGAUGCAAAUUCUGCACUUCAUUCAACACCAUCACCGGAUUUAAAUCUAUAUCCAGGAAACAUUUUAUGGGCAUUAAGUUGUGGCUGGUGGUUAGCACUAAUAUCUUUUAUAGUGUCAAUUUUUCUCUCAGGUACACCAGGGGGAGGUCAAUAUGCAAGAGUAUUAAGAGAAUUAAGUUAUUAUAUAUUUUGGCCUUUUGGUAAAUAUGUUGAAAGGUGGGAAGUAGAAGAUGAAGAAUGGUUUGCAGCUGAUGAAGAUUUGAGAAGAAGACAAAGACAACAACAAGAACGAGUAGGAAAUAUGAAUCAUAAUGAUUUUUUUAUUGCAAGAGAAACCAUGAUCGUUACUGAUGUUGAUAGUGUAACUACUGAUGAAGAAGUUAAUAACGAAGAUAGACCUUUACUAGAACGUACUAGUGGCUAUAAAAGUAAUAGGAAGGGAAAGAAAGAUUUUAAUUUAUUUAAAACAAUAAAAGAACUUGGAUUUGCUGAUAUUGUAUUUUACUUUUGGUUCUUUCUCAUAAUUGCUCCAGUAUAUUUAUUUGUAUCUGCUUUGUGUUGGUUGUGUGUUUUUUCAAUUCCGAUGGCAAAAUUGACAUUUUUAUUAGUUAGACAUUUGCGUAAACAUCCAUUAUCACUACAUUUUAAACCCGGUUCCUCAUUAUCAUUACUCACAAACCAACGUUCUCUGAUAUUAUUAUGUACAUAUAAAGCUUUCGGAAAGCAAUAUUAUAAAUAUACAUAUGAUGGAAUUAAUAUAAUUUUUAUAAAUUUAAUGGGAUUUGUAUUCUUUAUUAUAAUAGAUUAUUUUCUUUUACCUCGGGGGAAAUAUUUUAUUACAUCACCAGGGUUUAUAUUUACUUUAUCAUUAGCAUCAGUUAUACCUUUAAGUUAUUUUAUUGGUAUGGCUGUAGCUUCUAUUUCGGCUCAAUCUUCAGCAGGAUUAGGUGCAGUUAUUAAUGCUACUUUUGGUAGUAUUAUCGAAGUUAUUUUAUAUGCUCUUGCUUUGACUGAAGGCAAAGGCAAAGUAGCUGAAGGGAGCAUUAUUGGUAGUUUAAUGGCUGGCGUAUUAUUGAUGCCUGGUAUUAGUAUGAUUAGUGGUGGAUUUAAACGUAAAGAACAAAGAUUUAAUGCCAAAUCUGCAGGAGUUACAUCCACUAUGCUUAUUAUGGCUAUUAUUGGUACACUCACUCCAACACUAUUCUAUCAAACUUAUGCUCCUUAUAAGAUGACAUGCGUUCCAUGUAAAGGGCACACUGAAUUAACAGCAGAAUGUCAAGUUUGUUCUCAUGAUCAAGUAGAUCCAACAUCUACUUUGUUAUACAAAGAACAUGUAAAACCGCUUAUGUUUUUUUGCGCUUUUAUUCUAUUACUUUCAUAUCUUAUCGGAUUAUGGUUUACGUUGAGAACACACGCAUCAUUAGUAUGGCAAACUAGUCAUCAUCUUCAUACACCUCAUACAUACGUAUACAACACAAAUCCACAUUCCGCUCCAAUAAAGAAAUUUGGUUCACAGAUUCAACAAUUAACUAAUACAUAUAGUACACAAACUUCUACGCUACCACAAAGACCAAUGUCAGCUCCUAGUACAAGUUUAAAUACACCUGAGCAUAAUAAUAUACAUGACUUGGCUCAUUUAACCGCAACAUUAUCCUCACAAAAUCAACCUUCUCAAAUACAAAUUAGAUUUGCUCAUGAACCAGAAGAAGAAGAACCUGGUGGUCAUGAUUCUCCUAAUUGGAGUAAAACUAAAAGCGGAAUAGUAUUAUUAGCUUGUACUGCUUUAUAUUCUAUUAUAGCUGAAAUGCUAGUACAAAAUGUUGAAGUUGUAUUGGAUAACUUUGUUAUUACCGAAAAAUUAUUAGGAUUAACCUUAUUCGCUUUAGUACCUAAUGUAACUGAAUUUGUUAAUGCUAUGUCUUUUGCUUUAUAUGGCAAUAUUGCUCUAAGCAUGGAAAUUGGUUCUGCUUAUGCUUUACAAGUUUGUCUUUUACAAAUUCCUGCUAUGGUUGCCUUUUCUGCUUGGUAUAAUGCUGGUAAACAAGAUGGAGAUGAAACUUUAAAUACUACUUUCACGUUGGUUUUCCCUAGAUGGGACGUAUUUUCAGUAAUAUUUCCAGUAUUUUUAUUGACUUAUACUUACAUUGAAGGAAAAUCCAAUUAUUUUAAAGGAUCAAUUUUGAUUCUUUCUUAUUUGGUUUUAAUGGCUGGCUUUUUUUCUUCUCCUGAAGAUGCUGAUAGUCAUUAUUAA